GUUGUAAUGUUACUCGAAUUCAUAUGUGUUGCUUUGUUUAGUGUGAUUGGUGCUGCGGUUUAUGUACUGUUUGUGACCAGUUUAACAUGGGUAGUGGAGUUGAGAGCCAGUAUAAUAAAUUCAGACACAAAGUCACGAAAUGGAGCAGUCAUAUGCCACACCUGUGGAACUAACUUCAUGGAGAACUGCACCGUUGAGGAUGGCAAAUGUCAGAUAUGCGGAAGAAAACUAUGCAGUCGCUGUGGAUUAGAAUGGAUUUGCCCUCUUUGCAACAAAAAAAGAACAGAAAGAGAAAAUAAAAUAAGUACAGAUUUGAAUGACCAAGAGAUAUUAGCAGCAGCAAAAAUAAUGAAAGUUCUGAAAAUGAAAGGAUAUUCCUCAGAAUCAGUUCAAGGAAUCAAUAAGCAAGCUUGCAUUAAACAGAACCACAUCAACCACAUUCUAGAAUCAUCUUAUACUAAUGACUUUGGAGGAAAAGAUGUAAUAUUUCCAGAAUACGGAGUAAAUUUGCCAAUAGAACCAGCAAAGAAAUGUGAAAGUGAACACUCACUCAAAAUCAAUAAUUGGGAAGGAAACUGGCUUUUUAAAAAGAAAGGUGACACUGAAGUCUUUAAGCCAUUGGCAAUGUUUGUACCUUCUCCCAAACAAAGUUCCAAAGCACAAAUAGGGGGAGUAGAUAUUGAUGAUUUAUCGGAUCUUUCAGAAUGCAGUGAUUCAGAAUUAGAUAAAAUUUUAUACUGAUCUACCAGAAAAUCAGUUUAUCAAUAAAUUGUAGUUAUUGGCAGUUAAUAGUAAAAAAAAAAAAA